AUGACGCUCCAGCAAUGUCAAUAUAAAACUGGCGAGGUACUGGGAUCAGGUACCUAUUCAUCGGUGAAGCUGGCGAUACACAAUGAAACAGGUGUUAAAUACGCUGUGAAGGUGAUAAACAAGAAAAUGAUGGAAGGCCGUGAGGAUCUCAUACGAAAUGAGAUAGAAGUGCUCAAGAGGGCAUCGACUGGACACAGCAAUAUCGUCAGGCUAAUCGAUUACUUUGAAACGAUGAACAAUCUUUACCUCGUCAUGGAUUUGUGUACAGGUGGUGAAUUAUUCGACAAGAUUUGCCAGCGAGGUCAUUUCUUCGAAAAAGAUGCCAAAGACAUCGUCGGCGUGAUAAGUGAUUCAGUCAGGUAUCUCCACAGUGUAGGCAUUGUUCAUCGCGAUCUUAAGCCUGAGAAUCUUCUCUUUCGGGAUAACAAUUCCUCAGCUUCUGAUCUUUGUGUUGCAGACUUUGGGCUGUCCAAGAUAAUAGAGUCGGGAAAAUUUACCCAGUUGUAUCAUAUAUGCGGUACAGUUGGUUAUAUGGCACCUGAAGUAUUCAAGAAAACUGGACAUGGGUUUCCUGUGGAUAUUUGGGCUAUAGGUGUCAUUACUUUCUUCUUGCUAAGUGGGACAACUCCUUUCGAUAGGAACAGCAAACAAAAGGAUGAAAUUAAUGCUAUUAUCGAUGGUAAUUAUAAUUUCGAGCCUGCAGAGUGCUGGAAUGCGGUAUCAGAUACCGCUAAAGACUUCAUUAGAGGGUGCAUGAAUGCAGAUCCAGAUCAGAGAUUCACCGCACAGCAAGUAAUAGAUCAUCCAUGGCUCAAAGGAUUGGGUGAUAAGGAUGAAGACUUGCUGCCGAAUGUCAGACGAGCAUUCGAUGCUAAGAGGAGCUUCCGUGCGGCUGUACGCUCGGUGCAAUGGAUCAACAGGCUCAAGACUAUAUCUGUGGAUACUUCCGAUGAAGAAAAGGAGGAGUAUAGGCAGCAAGUGUUUGCACUGCAGCAGGAGGCUGAGAAAGAAGUACUAGGACCAGAGUCACAAGUAACGAUCCAUUAG